AGCACCGUGUUGGCGUAGAACGCGAUCUGUAUGAGCAGAAUGUGCACGAUCGUGAGUGCCGUGAUGGCCAGUACGUUGCUGCUGGUGUCGAUGAUCGUCUUCAUCGGAGCAAGCCCCCGACCGGACGACGCUGGUACUGGACCGUUUGAGGGUAUGAAGGCUGGUAACGAUCGGUUAUCGUCGGAUGGUGGAAUCGGUGCCUGGGAGCUCGUGUCGGCCGGUAGCGUCACUCCUUACGGUGCCAACCGUCGUGGAUCGAGGAUCGAGAGUUUGACGCGACUGCACGGCGAGGAACCGCUCAACAUCGAUCUGCUCGAUGCGGAACCGGAUCUGGACGGAGCGGAUAGUCAUGUGGUGGUGAAGGUUUACUCGGUCGAUCCGGAUCAGGAGCACGCCAAUCGGUCCACCGGAGUACCGCCGGGACAUCGAUCGAUGAAGGCUGGGUCAGCAUCGGGGCGGUUGGUGACGACACCAAAGCAGGCCAUUCCCAAGCUGCCAUCGCUCGAUGGUAAGGCAACGGAUCGUGUGGAGCGCAAGAUGUUUGCUCCUCCACAACCAGCAGCAGUGUCAGCGGCAGCGCCGAAGAGUAUCCAGGAGAAACUUGAUGACGUAGAAUCGGGAGAGCACCGACAGGACACACCCCUGGAACCGUUGCUGAAGGAACAGUUUUACGUCGAUGAUAGGCAGGAGGCUCCGGUGCAGCAGCAACCGAGUAGCCGUCGCCGUUGCCAUGGUGAACCGGUACCGGCACGACGCUCGGAAGGAAAUAGCUCUUCACGGGAAGCAGGAGACAGUCGGGGUCCUGCGGUCGGACCAAAGAAUCCCCCACAACGACCAGCCACGCCACCGGCCUUCGAGUACAACGAUCAAUCGAGCCAGCGCAUGUUGGACGAGUUCUUCGCACAGCGGAACCAAGAUUCGUUGGCAUCGCGACGGUUAAACUACGACUGGGACGAGGGCCAUCUGCGUUCCCGGACGCUGGAACAGAUCAAAUCACACAACCGUGCUGUAGCGGCCGCGCGGAAGAGUAAGAUUCCGGUACCACCACACCAGGACUAUCCGUCGGAUCGCACGGAAGAUGUCAGCUACGCUAGUUACGCCGAUUACGAACAGGCUGUGGAUGAGCUUCCUGCGCCACCGACCAGAUACGAGGAAGCUGAGGCACAGUCCACACUCCGACGACACUCGCUACCCUUCCUGAACGGUGAAGACGAACGGCGGCUUAGUAGCUACCGUGGACCACGAUUGGGACGCAAGCAACGGGCUACUCCGUCCUCGUCGAUUGCCGCUCAACAGACGCACGUCCUCAACACGAUGCCGAUCGUAGCAAUCGAUGGAUCACCGCAGUUCCACCAGCAGGCGUCUUCCGAUGCAUCCGACGCAGACUACCAUCGGGCACGGCCAUCGAAGUUGGAGCGUUCCCGGUUCCACUAUUCGCUGCCCUCGAUGGUCAUCAACCCGUACGCCGCCUGGGACCCGUAUCCCCAGCUGAACAUGCUCCGGUUUCCGCAAUGUGCCGCCUGUCAGCAAAAUGCCCGAGCGCUCUGUGGCAAGUGCGGUAUGUGCGGUGAGUGUUGCGCCCGCAGCAAGUGCACCUGCGGAUGUCUGAAUGGCUGAACUGAAUGGUGCUGGGGGAGAGGUGAGAGUGAGGAAAGGGUAUCAUCGCCUGGCUUCGUACCCUCGGUCGGUUUCGGAUUCUAUUAUUAACUAAAUCACUAAGUGAGGAUACGGCGAGAAUAAACAAAAAAAUGGCACCGCACGAUCGAUCGCCAUGAUUAAACGAA